AUGACGUCGCUUCUGGGUUACCAACCUCAGAAUGAGGGUGUCGGAUAUUCCUUCUCUCAGCCAACCAGUGUCCCCAUCAAAGAACACUCCUUCUACCCGUAUACCGACAACGGCGGCUCAACUUUGGGCAUCUCAGGUUCCGACUUUGCGAUCCUUGCCGGCGAUACUCGUUCCGUUGCAGGAUACAAUAUCAACUCUCGCUACGUCCCGAAAGUAUUCAAGAUUGGCGGUGAUGAUGAGACUGGAGAGGGUGCCCACAUCCUUCUAGCGGUUGUCGGUUUUGCUGCCGAUGGUCAAGCUCUCAAAGAACGACUUGAUGCCGUGGUGAAGAUGUACAGAUACCAGCAUGGAAAGUCUAUGUCUGUGUCAGCAUGUGCACAGCGGCUCUCGACUAUCCUUUACCAGAAACGAUUCUUCCCCUAUUACGUGCAGGCCAUCCUGGCAGGAUUGGAUGACGAAGGCAAGGGAGCAUUGUACAGUUAUGAUCCCGUUGGCUCGUAUGAAAGAGAGCAGUGCAGAGCGGCUGGAUCUGCUGCAAGCCUGAUUAUGCCGUUCCUGGACAACCAGGUGAAUUGCAAGAACCAGUACAUCCCUGAAAGCGGAGAAGGGCAUGCUUUGGAGGCGAAGAAGCCGGAGCCUCUCCCAAGGGACACGGUCGAACAGCUCGUACGGGAUGCGUUCACCAGUGCUGUGGAAAGGCACAUUGAGGUCGGUGACGGACUUCAGAUGUUGCUUGUUACAAAGACCGGGAUAGAGGAGAUCUACCACCCUCUGAAGAAGGACUAA